AUGCUUUUCCAGUCUUACACAGCCUGCCGGCCGGCUGAGCUUGUGGAUGGUACAAAGUCCAGGGGAGGAAAAGAUCCAAUGCUUGACGACGAAGACGACGAAGACUCAGGAACGGAACUAUCUGUUGAUCCCUCACAUAUGACUGAACUGUCUCCCGAGAUACAAAAGAUACUGCCACGCAAAGAGGACAAGCCGGAGGAGUUCCAGUCAGAACCAGGAGACCCAGUAUUCUCUGAGGUUGACGCCUUUGACAGCAACGACACAAGCGACACCGACGAGGACGACACGGAGAACAGUGACGAUGGAGGCCCAAAUAUUCUUGGCGAUAACGUCAAGAUGGGUGGAACGCAAGCUUCUCUCCCAUGCAAGGGCGCGGGAAGUGACGAGGUCGUUACUGAAACUAUCCGAAAGCACAAAGCUCUUUGCUACGAAGAUAUAGUGCUUUGGAUCGUUCAGGACCCUAAUUAG